UACCCCCUUUUCGCAAAGUCGGAGCAAAACAAACUGAAAUUUUGUCGUUCUUCGUCGGAGGUGCUGGCGCUGGGUCUUAUCAGCUUUUGAAAAAACAAACAUGUCGGUUAUCAAAAAGGCGACCGGAUUAACCGGACUUGCGGUUGCCAAAAAUCCGCACCACACCCUGACGGCUCUGUACAACAAAAUCCUCCGAGCGGUGGCAAAAAUGCCUCAGGAAGCGGCUUACCGGCGUUACACCGAACAGAUCGUCUCCGAGCGUGCGAAGAUUGUUGCUGCGAACCCAUCGGUGCGCGACAUCGAGUCCAAGAUCAACUGUGGCCAGGUGGAGGAGUUGAUCCUGCAGGCCGAGAACGAACUGAUCUUGGCGCGCAAAAUGCUCGGCUGGAAACCGUGGGAGCCGCUAGUGAAACAGGCCCCCGCCACUCAGUGGGCCUGGCCACCGGCUCAGAUUCAUGAGCUAAAGUGAGCAUCGAAAAAUAACCAAAAAUUAGCAAAAACUAAACAUUUAACUUUAUUGUUGUGUCAAACAUAUUCAAUAAUUUUGUUUCUUUUGGUACUAUUAAAUCGCGCGCAACAGUAA